CAAUAUCUCAUCGUGGUAUAUGAUGUAAACGGUUGAAGAAGGGAAGCUGCAGCACGUUAGGGAAGGAGCUUGCACAGAAAACACUAACAAUUGAUUUUGAUUAUCAACAUUCAUUGCUAACGUAACACUCAUUGGUUACUCCGACCCUAGCUUACAGUGUAAAAGGGUAUACACAAUGAUUGUGUCAAGGACAGAGUGUGUUUUACAAUGUCAAUCUCAAAAAAUCAGCCCCAUGAUGAGCAGCACCUGAAACGUUUGGUGUUAGUGUCUAAUUAUGCUGCCAUCCAUUCAUCGUGGGAUAUGGAGAGCCGCUGAGCACAUACUUAGGACAAGCACAGGAACUCGACCUUUUAGAUUCCUGUCAACCUUUAAUGGAGUCCCAGUUGGAAUAGCUGAUGCAGAGACCAUCUUUGCAUUAUCAUCAGGUCAUGGCAGGUGUGGGGUGGCUGUGGUACGAGCCAGUGGUCCAGCCUCAGCUACAGCUCUGAGGUGUAUGACCGGGCUCACACGCAAACUGCCUCCUCCACGCACCGCCUUGUUACGCAGCAUCACAGACCCCCAAUCCAAAGAAGUGUUGGACCGUGGACUUGUCUUCUGGUUCCCAGCUCCUCACAGUUUCACAGGAGAGGACAGUAUGGAGUUCCACAUCCACGGUGGUCCUGCUGUCAUUUCUGCUGUGUUACAGGCUCUAGGAAGCGUGCCUGGCAUGAGGCCUGCUGAAGCUGGAGAGUUCACACGGAGGGCCUUUCAAGCAGGGAAGCUGGGUUUAACAGAGGUGGAGGGGCUCGGAGAUCUGAUCCAUGCUGAGACAGAGGCUCAGAGGAGACAGGCUCUCAGGCAGAUGUCUGGAGAGCUGGGACGCCUCUAUCAGGACUGGACCCACAAACUCAAACGGUGUCUGGCUCAUGUUGAGGCCUUCAUAGACUUCAGUGAGGAUGAGCUCAUUGAAGAUGGGAUCUUAAACCAAGUGGACAGAUCGGUCUGUGAUUUGCAAGCGGAGAUGGAGCGCCACCUAAAGGAUGAGAGGAGAGGCGAGCGGCUACGCAGUGGAGUCCAGGUGGUCAUUGCAGGAGCCACCAAUGCAGGGAAAAGUAGCCUCCUUAACACACUCUGCCAAAGACCUGCAGCCAUUGUGUCUCCCAUUGCUGGCACCACCAGGGACAUAGUAGAGACGGCACUGGACAUCGGUGGAUUCCCUGUCCUGUUGAGUGACACAGCUGGCCUCAGGGAGAGCCCAGACCUGGUGGAGAGAGAGGGGGUCCGCCGUGCUCGGGAAAGAGUGGAAGAGGCUGAUCUGACCCUGGUGGUUGUGGACUGUGCUGACCUCCCCUCUGAUGCACAGCAAGCUGCAGCCUUCCUUCAGGAACACCUCAGGAGAGUCCUGCCCAACCAGGAGCAGCCUGAGACAGUUUUUCCUGCAGACAGGUUUCUUCUUGUGCUGAAUAAAACUGACAUGUUGCAUGAGGAGCAGAAGCUGAAGCUGGACAGGGAGUUAAGACAGGUCUCUGGACUCCCUCCCGUUUGUCUGAUCUCUUGCCACACUAAUGAAGGACUGCAGGACUUCCUCACAGUGCUGCACAGCAGUGUCAAGACUCUGUGUGGCGACCCUCUGUCAGGUGCCCCCACCCUGACCCAGGCCCGCCACAGGGCCCACCUGCAGCAGUGUUUUGCGGCCCUGGCUCAGUACCAGCGGUACCGCGACAUUGACCUCGCUCUGGCAGCCGAAGGUGUCCGGUUGGGUCUCACCAGCCUGGGCCGGAUCACUGGACGUGUUGGGGCAGAGGAGAUCCUGGAUAUCAUCUUCAAAGACUUCUGUAUUGGAAAAUAAUCAGAUGACAAGACAAAAAGGGCACCACCUUGGUGCUAUGCCAUGUUUCGAGGCACAGCAAUGUCACGGUACCGCUGUUACUGAGCCAAAAAUAAUAAAAUGCAUGUUCUUGGCUGCAGGGUCACUCUGCUCCCAAGACACAAAAAUCUUUGUUUUUUGUUGAUGCUUUUUGACAGACUGAAAUAGUUUUAACGUGAUCACAGGUGCCUCCGAGGCCCCAUCUGCUGGACAAGUGUUUGGCAAGUCUUGAGUCGUAAUUAAAAAAA